UUUUUAGAUUGACCCACACACACGCUUUCACACCAUGCUGGGUUGUGCCUCUGUCUACUGCACUUGAGAAGUGGCGCAAAUGGCGGCAGAUCCCAGUAUCUUCGUGUCAAUUCCAGCCUAUCGUGAUCCUGAGUGCCAGUACACAAUCAUCGACCUUUUUGAGAAAGCUGCAAAGCCCAGUAGAGUCUUCAUCGGAGUUUGCUGGCAGGUUGACCGGGAAGAAGAUGCAGACUGCUUCCUGUUGCAACCACCCAGUUCCUAUGCUGGGCAAGUCCGCACGCUGUUUCUGCAUCAUUCAGAAGCUCGAGGUCCUUGCUAUGCGAGGGCACGUAUCCAACAAGAGCUCUUUCAGGCAGAGGAUUACUACUUCCAAUUGGACAGUCACUUCCGUAUGAUCCCCAAAUGGGAUGAAGAGUUGAUCCAUCAGCUGGGGAUGUGUGACAGCAAGAAGCCCAUCUUGAGCACCUACCCAUCAAGCUAUACUUUGCCGGAGGACUAUCGACCAGGAAUGCCCGACGCGGCCGAGCUGCCCAAGUCCAUUGAGCCCAUUGCGCUGUGUGCGAGAGAGUUUGGGGCUGAUGGUUUCCUCCGGAUCACUGGAAAGAAGUGCAAGACGUUUUCGGAACCGAGACCGGGGCUGUUCUGGGCUGCCGGCUUUGCAUUCUCCUCAGGCCAAGUGGUCAAGGAGGUUCCCUACGACAUAAGGUUAGAGGACCUUUUCUUUGGCGAGGAGUCCAGUAUGGCGGUUCGUUUGUGGACCUCCGGCUGGGACUUCUUUGCCCCAACCAAGGUGAUGGGCUACCACCUGUGGACUCGGAAGCAUCGCCCAGUCUUCAGGGAGCACGACUCAGAGGAGCAGCGCCAACGCCAAGCAGCUUCUCAGAAGCGUGUUACAAUGCAGCUCUCUGGUGGAGAUGGCCAGAGUAGCCAUGAGCCUCCAGCUGCACGAAGCCUCCGCGAAUAUGAAGAAUUCGCAGGGAUCAGCUUUGAGAAGCGAAAGUUGUCUGCACGUGCAUUGCGCGGCGGAAUGGAUCCCGGCGACUUCAUGGAUGAGGCCACGGCAACACCAUCACAGUCAUCAAAAAGUCCCUAUCCACAAGGCCUGCCCACCAACAUCGCGUCGACGAUCCAAGCGAUGUUGGGGAAGGACACAGCAGCUGGUGCGCCCACGGUGCUGCUGACGCCCUUGUCCUCCACACCGCCACGGCUGCUGUCUGCGCCCACCAAAAAGUUGAGGCUAUUGCAGCCCAAAGAGGUGGAACAGCUGAACUCUUGUGGCAUUUGCAUCAUCGAUGCGUUCCUCCGUGACAGGUGCUAUGGCCCUUUUGCAGAAGAAGUUGAUCCUUCUGAGGCAACACGCCUGGUGCGUCGCGGGGCGCAGCGCGUGGCCCUGCGGCCCGCUGGGCUCGGAGGCGGGGAAGGAGUGUGGCGCAGCCAAAAAGUGCGUGGCGAUGAGAUGACGUGGCUGAACGUGCCGGACAUGGCAGGAGGCUUCCUCCAGUGUGGGGUGAAAGCUCUGCAGAGAGCCUGCGAGGUGAUGCCAGCUGAUGCAGCCAAUAGUGAGGAAUUAGAUGUGCUACUGGCCAUGGUUGCAGCGCUGCGCAGCGAACUUGAUGAGGCCGGCUUCGGGAGCCGUCGCCUCAGCUGCAUGCUGGCGCGGUACCCUGGAGGCGGUGCCCGCUAUGCGCGCCAUCGCGACGCGUUGCCCACGGCGGAGAAAGGCGCUGGGCGGCGGCGUCUGACGGCGGUGUACUACUUGAACCAUGGCUGGACUCCAGAGCACGGCGGCUGCCUCCGGGCCCAUCUGCCAGCUGCAGUGGGUUCCAGUCUGCCCAAUGCGCGGAAGAGCAAGGAGGAGUUCGACACCACCGAGGGCACCCAGCAGGUGGGGACCUGCCAUGGUGACGUGCAGAAGUGA